AGAGGACUGGGAUGUUCCUGGGCAGGAUGGGGAGGAGGCAAUAUAAUAAUGACAAUAACAAUAACAGCUUCCUUAAAUUGAAUGUUAGGCAAAGUGCUAAGCAGGUUACAUGCAUAAUCUCUUUGAAUCCCCACAAGCACUCUGAGAGACUGGAAUUCUGUUCAUUUUUCAGAUGAGGAAACUGAGGCCCUGGCAAGUGAAGUGAGUUGCCUACGGCCACACAGUUGGUAAGUGGUAAGGGUGGGAUUUGAACCCAGACCACCCUGCCUCUUCUGGCCUGGGAGGCAAAUUCAUUAAUGACCCACUUUCUUCACCACUGUGAUUCCUCCUUGCAGGAUCACUCUGGCUGCUGUGUUGACAAGACACUGUGGGGGGGCAAGGGUAGAAGCUGGAAGACCCGGAGGAGGCAACUGCAUUACUCUAGAUCUUUUGGGCGUGCCCCCGCUUCCCGCUGCUCAUGCCACUGGGACUGGGGCGGCGGAAAAAGGCGCCACCUCUGGUGGAAAAUGAAGAAGCUGAGCCAGGCCGUGGUGGGCUGGGCGUGGAGGAGCCAGGACCCCUGGGUGGAGGUGGGGCAGGAGGCCCCCAAAUGGGCUUGCCUCCCCCUCCCCCGGCCUUGCGGCCCCGCCUUGUGUUCCACACCCAGCUGGCCCAUGGCAGUCCCACUGGUCGCAUCGAGGGUUUUACCAACGUCAAGGAACUGUAUGGCAAGAUCGCCGAGGCCUUCCGGCUGCCAGCUGCCGAGGUGAUGUUCUGCACCCUCAACACCCACAAAGUGGACAUGGAUAAGCUCCUGGGAGGCCAGAUUGGGCUGGAGGACUUCAUCUUUGCCCAUGUCAAGGGGCAGCGUAAGGAGGUGGAGGUGUUCAAGUCGGAAGAGGCGCUGGGGCUCACUAUCACGGACAACGGGGCUGGCUACGCCUUCAUCAAGCGCAUCAAGGAGGGCAGCGUCAUCGACCACAUCCAGCUCAUUAGCGUGGGCGACAUGAUCGAGGCCAUCAACGGGCAGAGCCUGCUGGGCUGUCGGCACUACGAGGUGGCCCGGCUGCUCAAGGAGCUGCCCCGAGGACGCACCUUUACACUGAAGCUCACGGAGCCCCGCAAGGCCUUUGACAUGAUCAGCAUGCGUUCAGGGGGUGGCCGUCCUGGGUCCGGCCCCCAGCUGGGCACUGGCCGAGGGACUCUCCGGCUCCGAUCCCGAGGCCCUGCUACAGUAGAGGAUCUGCCCUCUGCCUUUGAGGAGAAAGCAAUUGAAAAAGUAGAUGACCUGCUGGAGAGUUACAUGGGCAUCAGGGACACAGAGUUGGCAGCCACCAUGGUAGAGCUUGGGAAGGACAAGAGGAACCCAGAUGAGCUGGCCGAGGCCCUGGAUGAGCGGCUUGGUGACUUUGCCUUCCCUGAUGAGUUUGUCUUUGACGUCUGGGGUGCCAUUGGGGACGCCAAGGUUGGCCGAUACUAGACCUCCCACUGGACCUUGCAAUGACCUGAGCCUGGGCUGGUGGGAGCCCCUGGAGGGGGGACACCACAGCCCAGGCUCCAGCAUCCGGCUUAGCCUGGCCCUGGCCCAGCAGUCUCAGGAUGAUGUGGCGCGGAGGUGGAGCCGAGCCCCUGCCCCACUCCAAUCGGUACCACCUCCUCCCUAGUUUCCAACCUGGCUGGGGUCCCCAGCUAACCCCCCCAUUCCCACCCUGUUCCCCACCUACCUCAGCCAGGUCAGGCUCUGUGAGGGACCAGCCAGAUUGGGCAGCCAGACCCCGCCCGCAGCACUUUCCACAACAGCUGCCAAACUGGUCCCUCUGUCUCCCUGGGGCCUCGGGUUCUGUUGGGGGGUCCUGACUUCCCUGGUUUCCUGACACAGGGAAUCCAAAAGUGGGGGGCAUCCCCCCUCAACAAAUGCAAUAAUCCCCCUUUCCACCAUCCCUCCAGAGGAGCUCCCUACCUCCACAUUUGAAACUCGAGUCUGCUGUGAACCCCCCAUCUCCCCACCCCACUCGUGUGUCUCCCUUGGCCCAGCCCCAGAUGGACGGCAUGAGGAACAAUGGCGGUGGGCUUUUGUAUCUGAACUUACUGUUGAACAUAAAGACUCUGCUGUUA